AGGGUGGGCGCCUCUCUCUUCUCCCCUCUUUCUCUCUCACCGAUCUCUCACUCUCCCUCGUUCCUCUCCGUUCACCGGCGUUCAGCCGGUCAUGGCGUCGCCGGCGAGCGCCGCACGCACCGCGGGCUGCACGCCACCCACUUGUCCACCGUCAGCAGCUCAUGGAUUAGGCCUGACGCCUUUGUCACGCUGCUGCUCGUACUCCCACCGUCUGCUCCUUCUCGCACAGCUGCGUCGUUGUCUACCAGGUCCGGCAGCCCCGUCGCUUUUUCGGCUCGCCGGCGUGUGAGCCCAGCCACCAUGGCGGGGUUGGGGCAGUAGGGUCGUUCCGGAUGCGGCGUUGCAGCCGCCGGAGCUUCACUGGCAGCUAGUGUGUCGAAGGGCAGUGGCGACGCCGGAAGGGCAGCGGGGUGCUCAACGUUCGAACUCUUAACGCUAAGUCUUUGUUCUAAUGCUUGAUAUUUAGAUUGUGGUUGAAAGAAGUUCGUGAUUUCAAAUUUGUUCUUGUAAGAAAACAAUGUGCUCAAGACUCUUGAUUGUGAAUUUUAGUUAAAAGAACAUUUGGGUAUGAACAUACAUGUUUCCAAGUCCUUGAUAGCAUGAAAAGUAUGUGAUGGUGUUGGAUGAAGUCUCUAUAUUUAGCAUGUUAAAAGAAUCCUAGCAUAAUUGGUCUAUAGAUGAUUGAGGAGACAAAAAUGGUUUGGAGUUCAAGUAUAUUGGUUCAAGUAUAUAAUGGCUAAGUUGAGCAUGAAAUGGUGAGCAUGGUUGAUCUAUAAAUGUUGGUAUGAAACAGUAUAGUUUGAAUGAACUUACCCUGAGGAGAUGAGGAAGAAGAGGUGACGAUGAGAGACUCGGUUUUUCCUUUAGCUUUCACCUUCUGUAUCUUUACUUGAUGAUACCCUUCCUUGAACCAAAUUUUGAUGGUAGCUCUUUGUUGGUGAAGUAAAAGAAUUUGGAGUGUAAAGGAAGUUAUAUAUAUAUAGACAAAAGAGAAACAAAAAGCAUGGGAUGAACAAAUUCUCCCAUCUCGUCAUUUCAAAACGACGGCUAUUAAAUGCGGCCGUCGUUUGGAAAACGUGAAAUUUCGUUUAGAAAAAGUGAAAUUUCGUUUGGAGUUGAACCAUCGUUUGGAAAACGUGCUUGAUGUGAUGCGGUUCUUCUUUUUUUUUUGUCAAACUUUUCGUCUUGAUAUGAUGUCGAAAGUGUAUUUGACACGUGGUCUAUUCUUUCGUGUAGGUAUCGGGAGUGCAAAAACUGUGGUGAUCGAGCAAGACCCGAAGGAUGGAAGACGGGCUGUCUCGGGGCUGCCCGGCGCGAGUCCAUCCCGAAAGGACCUCUCAAACUAGCUAUUAGUUCUUCACUGCUAAAAGAACUUCAUUCAUCUGAUGACAUGAUACUUACUUUAAACAUAUCACUCGAUCACAACGCGAGGUAAAAGAGAUUAGAUACGAGUAACAACACUAAAGAGUCGAUUUUCCACAAGUUAGAACCAAAAAAAAGUGGGUGUUACACAGUUAACAAGGAAGUGAUGAGAGCAUGCCUAAUUCAGAAGAUCAUACCAGCAAUCAAGGCAAAAUGGCCAGAGAAUAUGAGCAAGGAGAUUUUCAUUCAACAUGACAAUGCCAAGCCUCAUAUACACCACAAUGAUGCUGACUUUCAAUCAGUUGCAUCCACAGAUGGGUUCAAGUUUCACAUCAGGUGCCAACCACCACAAUCCCCAGAUUGCAAUGUGUUGGAUUUGGGAUAUUUUAGAGCAAUCCAAUCUCUACAGGAUGAUAAGGUGGCUAAGGGAGUGGAUGACUUGUUGAGGAAUGUGCAUAGCUCCUUUGAUGAACUUAGCUCAUACACACUCAACAAUGUUUUCCUUACACUACAAGGUUGUCUAACUGAGAUUCUUAAGGUGCAAGGGGGCAAUGGCUACAAGACUCCACACAUGAAUAAAGAGAGGUUAGCAAGGAUGGGGACACUGCCAGAUGCAUUAGAGGUUGAAGGAGUUGUGAAGGCUGCUGUGGCAUACCUCCAACAGCCAGAACAUGAUGUGAGUACAAAUUAUGACAUCUCAGGUGUCACAGAAGCUGUAUGCUUCUACUGAAUCAUGUAGGAAUCAUACUUUUUGUCAGUUGGUUGAGCAAGCCUCAGAAUUAGGUGUGGCUUAUGCUAUUCAACUGUUUUUGUCAUUUUGUAAAGCCUCCAAACCAAUGUAGUGGUGGCUUCUAAAAUCCUAAUCCCUCAGAAAGCUUUCAUCAUAGGGCAGCCUCCAAACCUGUAUAGGGGUGGUUUCUAAGGGUUCCUAUCACACAUAACAACCUCCUAACCAUGUACAUGGAUGACUUGUAAUGUGAAAGUGUUUAUAUCAUGAAUUUGUAUGGUUUUUUAAGCUUAA